AUGAAGACGAUCCUAUCCUCCGAGACCAUGGACAUCCCGGAAGGCGUCACCAUCAAGGUCCACGCCAAGGUGAUCGAAGUCGAAGGCCCACGCGGGAAACUCACUCGCGACUUCAAGCAUCUCAACCUCGAUUUCCAGCUCAUUAAAGACUCCGUCACCGGGAAGCGACAGCUCAAGAUCGAUUCGUGGUUCGGCUCUCGCAAAGCCAGCGCCUCCAUCCGAACUGCCCUAAGCCACGUCAGCAAUCUCAUCGCUGGUGUCACUCAAGGUUUCCUUUACAAGAUGAGGUUCGUGUAUGCUCAUUUCCCUAUCAACGCUUCGAUAUCCGGUAACAACAAGUCCAUCGAGAUUCGUAACUUCCUUGGCGAGAAGAAGGUUAGGAAGGUUGAUAUGUUGGAUGGUGUUACCAUUGUUCGGUCUGAGAAAGUUAAAGAUGAGAUUACUCUUGAGGGUAAUGAUAUCGAGCUUGUCUCACGUUCAUGCGCUCUUAUCAACCAGAAAUGCCAUGUGAAGAAGAAGGAUAUUAGGAAGUUUCUUGAUGGUAUCUAUGUGAGCGAGAAGGGCAAGAUCGCUGUUGAAGAAUAA